CUCAUUUCCCUCUUCUCUCUUCUUAACUCGCUUUUUCAUUCUCAGCUCUUCAUCUUCUUCGUCUUCGUCUCCAUUCUUGAUUUUUCUUGCUAAGUUCAGGUAAACCUUUCAACUCUCUUCAAAGGUGUACAUUUCAUAAUAAUCUCUUUGAAAUGGCCCCAACACCAUCAGCGAAAUCAAAUCAAAAUCAUUCAAAUCACACCAAGACACCCCAGACAAGGCAUCGUCUUAACUUCAAUCUGACCAAACCCUUGCCGAAUCCCCAUUCGGCUCCGGCAGAACACCCAGUUGAAGUAAUCGGCCGAAUACGCGAUUACCCAGAUAGGAAAGAGAAGCCCGUCUCUGCUUUACAGAUCAACCCUGAUCGCCAGUCUUUACGUGUCAGAACAGAAAUAGGGUAUCGAGAUUUCAGCCUCGAUGGGAUCUCGGUAUCAGAAGAAGAAGAUUUGGAUUCCUUUUACAAGAAGUUCAUCGAAUCUAGGAUCUUAGACGUGAAAAUGGGAGCGAAAUGUACUAUAAUGAUGUAUGGGCCUACCGGAUCGGGGAAGAGCCAUACGAUGUUUGGUUGUGCGAAGCAACCUGGGAUUGUGUAUAAAUCGUUGAAGGACAUAUUGGGUAAUGGGGAAGAAGAAGAAGAUGUUGAAUCAUCUACAUUCGUUCAAGUUGCAGUCAUGGAAAUUUACAAUGAAGAGAUUUAUGAUCUUCUUUCUACCAACAACAGUGGAGGAGGAUUCAGUCUAGGCUGGUCUAAAGGCUGUUCUUCCAAGGUGAGACUUGAAGUCAUGGGAAAGAAGGCUAAGAAUGCUACUUAUAUCUCCGGAACAGAAGCUGGAAAGAUUUCAAAAGAGAUCCAAAAGGUUGAGAAAAGAAGGAUUGUCAAGAGCACAUUCUGCAAUGACAGAAGUUCUAGAAGCCACUGCAUGAUAAUUCUUGAUGUCCCAACUGUUGGGGGUCGGCUUAUGCUAGUAGACAUGGCUGGAUCUGAAAACAUUGAACAAGCUGGUCAAGUUGGUUUGGAAGCAAAAAUGCAGACUGGAAAGAUCAACCAAGGGAAUAUAGCAUUGAAAAGGGUGGUUGAAUCCAUAGCUAAUGGAGAUUCUCAUGUUCCAUUCAGAGAUAGUAAAUUGACCAUGCUAUUGCAGGACUCUUUCGAGGACGAUAAGUCGAAGAUUCUGAUGAUACUAUGCGCUAGCCCAGAUCCAAAGGAGAUGCACAAGACAAUCACCACUUUGGAAUACGGGGCAAAAGCAAAAUGCAUUGUUCGUGGUCCAGUAACUCCGGAGAAAGACAAGAACGAGGAUGGUGAAUCAAAUGGUAUUUUGGGAUCAAGAAUUGCAGCCAUGGAUCAAUUCAUUCUCAAGCUGCAGAUGGAAAACAAGCUUAAGGAGAAAGAGAGAAACGAAGCUCGAAAACAGCUCAUGAAAAAGGAUGAAGAGAUUUCAUCUCUUAAGUUGAUGAGCGAAGAUAUAAUCAAGAUGAAAGUUAGUGAAAGAACAGAGAUUCUCAAACACGAACUGGAGAAGAAAAUGGAAGAAUGUCAAAAAACAGCAAACGAGUUAGUUGAAAUCGAGAGAAGGAAGAUGGAAGAGAGAAUGAUCCUUCAACAACAGGAAGUCGAAGUGAUGAAGCGUCGUUUGGAAACUUUGGAGCUCGAACUUGCCUUACGUGGUGGCGGUUCUUCAACUACGCCGCCGCCUAAAGACGAAACCAGUGGCUUUGCCAAACGUUUACUAGAGAUUUGUGGUUCCAACGACGACCCUAUGGAGAAAUCAAUGGACCUGAGUAAGUCUAUGGAUAUGGACUCUGUUAUUGUUGUUCCUCAUUCCCCUGUUUCUUCUAUGUGGGUUAAUCCUGAAGAUGACCAUGAAGUCUGUUCUUCGAUGUUAUUCACCAAGAAAGUGUCUUUGAGCACUGUAUUUGAGGAAGAAGGAGAGGAUGUAGAAGAGGAUGAUAAAUUUGUAGACGAAGUUCAGAAGGAAGUUAUAGAGGAGAAGAUAAUGUAUAAUUCACCAGCUGCUGUUCUUCGUGUAGACAGCAGCCAUGAUGACGAAAAGGAAAACGAGAAAGGUGGUUUGGAUUGUAGAAAGUUGACAAUUCAAAACAUCUUCACCCUAUGCGGAAACUACAGAGAGCUACCCACCACCCAACAACAACAGAGCAUCACCGAGGAUGGUGUGUUAUUGACAUCUGAAAACCCCAUUUCAGAAGAAGAGAAGGAGAACUGCUACAAGAAAUGCGGUCUGGAUUUGGACUUGGAUUUGGAUUUUGUGGAUGUAUACGUGAAAUGGGAAGCGUCGAAAGAGCAGAAUGCUGGAAAAUUCAUAACCACUCUUAAAGUUAGGACAAAUGCAACUCUAGCUGAUUUGAGGAAGCAGAUCGAGAUGAAGCUUGAUGACAAUAAGCAAUCAUUCACUUUUCUUGCACUUGGGGAUCCAACUGGAGCACCUGUUGGUCGGGAGAAGGAAGGAUCAGUUCAAGCAAUCAAACUGCCAGUUUGUAAUGAAGGAUAUUUGGCUUGCUUGCGUCCAGCUAAAGGAAAUCAUGUUGUUCCUUUUAGCAACAUUGAUAACAUACUUGCAGCUGCUGCAGUAGCCAGAUAGAUUGAUAAGAUAAAUAGAUCUUCUAGAUGAAUUUGUUGAUUCGUUUUUCAUAAUCCUAUGUUGAUUUGUGUUGAAAUAUGAUAAUGUCGUGUUUGUUUAGUUAGUAGGUGAGAUUUCAUAACUCAAUUCUAGUUUGUUUAAUUGCAAGUUUAUGUCAAUGUUUACCUUGAUCUCU